AUGUACAGGUAGAAAAAUGGAGAGAUUCAAAUUAUUAACAGCUAUAAAACCAAAAGUGAAAUUUCAAGGAAUUAUUGUUAGUGCAAAUGGAAAAAUAUGUAUCUAAAGAUGAUGAGGAAUUAUUAUAAACAGGAAUUUGUGUUAUAGAUGUGUUCUUGGGCUAAAAUAGAUGAAAUAACAUAUGUAUCUCCCAAUGAAAGAUUAUUACCUCAUAUGGUAGCUGUAAAUCCAGUCAAUUUUGGAAAAUAAUUUAAAUUAUCAUGUGUUGAGGCCAUUGCUGCUACAUUAGCAUUAUGUGGACGUAGAGAAUAAGCAGAUUAUAUUCUUAGUAAAUUUACUUGGGGACAAAACUUCUUUAAAAUCAAUAAAGAUGCUUUUGAUCUUUAUUCUCAAAGUCAAAAUGAUAAAGAAUUAAAAGAUGCAGAAUAAAAGUAUUUAGAAAUGGCAAAAAACAAAGAAAAUACUGGAUAAAGAAAUUAUGA